CACUCCACCGCUGCCACCGCAAAUGUCCGCUCCCUGCACGGCGCCAACUUCCUAGUGUCCAGGCACCUGAAGCGCCGCCUGGGCGCGCCCUCCCGCUCGGGGCCCUCGGCGUCGUCCGCGUUGAGCAGCUCCUGCGUGUCCAUGGCCGACACGGCGGAGUCGGCCGCCGCGCUCGCGCCUGCGCCGGCGUGGAAGCGGUGGGCGCGCGCGGAGGCGGUGCUUGAAGGGUGGGCCGCGCGGAUGGGCUUCGCGGUGAGGCCCGCGCGCCGGCGCGCCGCGAAGGCCGCGGGCGCGCUCCGAGCGCUGGGCCGGGGCGUGGCCACUGCCCGCGUCCCGCUCCGCGUCGCGAUGGCUGCGGCGCUUUGGGCUGAGAUCGCGUCCGCCCCCGCCGCCGCGUGCAAGGGAGGGGAGGCCGUGCUGCUCCGGCGGCCGGAGGCCGCAGCGCACGUGCCAGCGAGGCUGGUGCUCACCGUGGGGUCGUGGAUGGCGCGCGCGGCGAGCCACCGGGCGCCGCCGCCGCCGUUCGCCGAGGCCGACGACGAGGAGGGCUGGGCCGAGUGCUCCUGACCAACCGCGCGCCGGUGAAGGAGCGAGAAGGGGAGAGGGUAGUGAGAGACAGGGUAGGAGAGAAGAAAGAGAAGAGGGGUGGCCCACUAGUCAGCGCUGACAUGCGGACCCCACAUCGCCACGUCAUCAAAACCGCCCAAAAAACUGCCCAGGGGUGUGUUUUGCCCAGUUUUGUAUAGUUCAGGGUGUUUUUUUAUCCGGUUUUGUACUUCUAGGUUGUUAAUCAGACAACUAUGGCAAGUACGAGGUUGUAAAAUGGACUUUACCCUUAUUAAAAUAACUAAUGACUUGGGAUGGCAGCUCAUUACUAGUAAAUAAAGAAGGAUAAAGCUAAGGUAUA